AACCAUCAUCAUCACUGCCAUAAAAACUCAGGCCCUCCGAUUUCUUCCCCUCUCCCCCUUCCUCCUCCUCCUCCUCCUCCUUUUCCCUCCUCCCUCCCUUCCCCUCCUCCUCUUCCCCUCCCGCUUUUUAAACCCUGGGCCCUGGAAAAGCCAUGAAUUUUGAAUUUGAGAGGGAGAUCGGGUUUAUAAAUAGCCAGCCUUCGCUCGCAGAGUGCCUGACGUCUCUUCCCGCUGUCCUGGAGACAUUUCAAACUUCAUCAAUCAAGGACUCGACAUUAAUUCCUCCUCCUUUUGAGCAAACCGUCCUCAGCCUCAAUCCUUGUUCCAGCAACCAGGCAAGACCGAGGAACCAAAAAAGAACAUCUCAUGGCCUGCUCCAGCUCCAGCCCCAACCUCCGGCACAGCCUAGCCCCUUGGCAGCGGAAUUCCCAUGGAUGAAGGAGAAGAAAUCCUCCAAGAAAUCUACCCAGGCUCCAUCCUCUUCUUCCUCUUCUUCCCCCCCAUCAUCAUCAUCCUCAUCCUCCUCAUCAUCCUCGGUGCCGGUUCCUGCCGCAGGAUCUCCUGCAGAUAUCCAGGGAUUGGGAGACAGUGGUGGCUCCAGGAGGCUCCGGACCGCCUACACCAACACCCAGCUGCUGGAGCUGGAGAAGGAAUUUCACUUCAACAAAUACCUCUGCAGGCCCCGGAGGGUGGAAAUCGCUGCUCUGCUCGAUCUCACCGAGCGACAAGUCAAAGUUUGGUUCCAGAACCGUCGGAUGAAACACAAAAGGCAAACCCAGUAUAAAGAAAACCCUGACGGGGAUCUCGCCUACCCCAACCUGGAUGAAGGCAGCGACCCAGCGGAGGAACCUGAGGAAAACCCAACCUUCGGGUCGGUUCCGGAGCCCUCUGGGUCGUUCCAAAGCGAAAAGCAGGGCAGUGAGGAACCCGGCAGCCCGGGGGGGUUUGUGGGGGACCUCAGUACCGCUGCCGGCCCCUCGGACUGCGGUUACCCCGAGAGCCAGGACUCGCCUUUGUUACCAGAGCUGAGCAUCUUCUCGGCAGAAUCCUGCCUGCAGCUCUCGGAGGGUUUUCCCCCGGGGUUCCAGAGCUCCCUGGAGAGUCCUGUCCACUUCUCCGAGGAAGACCUGGACUUUUUUACAAGCGCACUUUGUACUAUAGAUUUGCAACAUUUAGAUUUCCAAUAACCAGCUCCCCCUUCUCCUUCUCCCCAUCCCGACUGACCGUUUCUAACCUUUCCCGGAGCACCAGCCCCAUCCCAAACCACUGCCAUCCCCCCCCCCUCCCCACACCCCUCCACGCCCCAAGCCUGCUUUAAAGGGUUGAGUGGGACACCCCUCAAAACAACCCCAAACCGUCUCUCAUUAAUCAUCCCAUCCCACCCCUUCCAAACACUUCCCUUUCGAGCUCCUCACGCUGUGGGCUGCGAAUUACCCUCCUAGUAUUUAUUCUCCAAGGCUGACAUGAAAGGACAGAGAUGAAAGAACAGCCUAAUUUUGGCUAAAUGCAGGUAUUUCAUUCGAGUUUUGGUUUUAAAUCUCCUCGUAUUUUAAAGAAAGCAGCCCGUAGUUCCCACGCACAUCAGAGCUGUUCAUCCCCUCCACCACCAGAAAACAUUCGUGAAUCCUUCCAGCGACUUUCUCAGGAAUCGACUUUUAGAAAACUUAAUAAAAUGAUAAUUUAAAAUAAUAAUUAUUAUUAUUAUUAUUAAUAAUAAAGAAGCCAGAGGAAUUUUCCUUCCUCUUUUUUAAGUUUUAGACGUAGACUAUUUAUUCAAAUCCUUUAUUAGUAAAAGGCAAAUUAUUUAUUGUACAUUAUUUUC